AACUCCAGCCGAUUGAAAAAUGGCGGCGCUCAGAGUCGUGGUGUUAUCCGGUAGCUGGAGAAAUCUCCUGAACCCCCCGAAAGCAGUCCACGUUUCCCGGGCCAACAUGUCAUUCGCCAGCCUUUCCCGGGGGAAGAAGGCAGCGCUGACCACGCUGGGUGUUCUGACAGCAGGUGGCGCUAGUCUGGCCGUGAUGCUGCACCAGUCCGUCAAAGCCUCCGACCUGGAGCUGCACCCCCCUACCUACCCCUGGAGCCACAGCGGGAUGCUGUCUGCUCUGGACCAUGCCAGUAUCCGUCGGGGGUAUCAGGUGUACAAGCAGGUGUGUUCUGCCUGCCACAGUAUGGAGUACCUAGCCUUCCGAAACCUGGUGGGAGUCUCGCACACAGAGGCAGAGGUCAAGGCCCUGGCUGAGGAGAUUGAGGUGAUGGAUGGCCCUGAUGAGACAGGUGAGAUGUUCACACGGCCGGGGAAACUCUCAGACUACUUCCCCAAGCCAUACUCCAACCCCGAGGCUGCUCGUGCGGCCAACAAUGGAGCCCUGCCCCCUGACCUCAGCUACAUCGUCAACGCCAGGCACGGAGGAGAGGACUACGUGUUCUCCUUGCUGACGGGGUACUGUGACCCCCCCGCGGGUGUGUCCGUCAGAGAGGGACUGUACUACAACCCCUACUUCCCAGGCCAGGCCAUCGGCAUGGCCCCCCCGAUCUACAACGAGGUGCUGGAGUACGAUGAUGGAACCCCGGCCACCAUGAGCCAGGUGGCAAAGGAUGUGUGCACCUUUCUGCGCUGGGCGGCGGAGCCCGAACACGACCAACGCAAGCGCAUGGGUCUGAAGCUGCUCAUGGGCUCCGCCAUCCUGGUGCCUCUGGUCUACUACAUGAAGAGACACAGGUGGUCUGUGCUGAAGAGCAGGAAGAUCGCCUACAGACCGCCCAAAUAAAGCGCCUGCCCCGCCCCACCCCGCCGUCCUGCAGCGCCCCGCCCCCCACGCCCCUCUCCUGGCCUCUGCUCCGAUCACCAUCCCGAACUGCACGGCGGCCGUGUUGAUGUUGCCCGAAUCGCCGAGGACUGGGCGUGCUCCAGCACACGCCCUGACUCGCUGACACAGACAAGGGGUGCAGAAAUCAGCACUUCAUCUUUUUCUCUUCUUUCCUAACAGCGUGGAAAUGACAUGUUUCCUCUCGUUAGCCUCUGGGAAAAUGACAGAAUAUUAAGAGGUUCUGUGCACAUUUUUUUAUGGAAAUAUACAACGUACAACAAUGUACAAUAAUGCAUAAAUAUCUGGAUGGAAAGCAGACACUUGGUGAAACUGACAGUGUUCAUUUUUUAUUUCUUCCUAUUCAAGGGUCCUGAUCAAGGUUGGCUAAAUGAUUGCCUCAGAAAAAUCAGUAAAAUACGAACAUUAUAUAUACAUACGGUGUCUGUGCAUGGAUAUAUAUCAGUUCUGUAUCAGUUCAUGUUUGAUGGAUAUCCACAACAUUGCAUUUCAAGUGUAUCAACAGCAAUAAUGUGUGUGUUGCUGAACAUAUGGGAGCAUAUCUGUUUGGGGACUGCAUCAGAGCCAUUAACCUCAGGAGCCUUUAUAACUUUGCAAUGCAGCUAUUCACAGUAUGUACAUAUACUGUUCUUAAAUGUAUGUCAGAAUUGUAUUGUUUAUUUCUUGAGUAGGAGAAAUCAGCUGUGGGCCUUUGAUAUGUUGAAUAAUGAGGAUAUUUUUGCGUGAAGCCGCUGCUGUCUGAAAAGAAUGCCAUGAGUUAUUUCAAUGGGGCUUUGGAAAGCACAGCAUUACAGAUGCAGGGUAUGGCUUUCAGUGGUUGUUGAUUUGACAGUGCUGUUCACACCUUCAGUUUCAUAUUGGCAAUAUGCAAAAAUAAAGGGAUCAUGCAUGUAUUUAUUUAUAACUGCAGUGACACAAGUGUAUGCCUAAUGUGUGGAACAAUAGAUGCUUUCUAUAAUUUAAUUUAAAAAAGGUCCAAACUUUUAAAUGCUACAAUCUGUACCAUCAUACACUAUGACCAGACUCCAUCUAGGGAUACUGCAGACUCCAUGUUUGGAUAAUGUGAAGCUGUUUUUUUCUGAUUUUUUUUUGUCCAAAAAAAUCAUAUUGGAUAAAAUGGCAGUUUUCUGUCUCACUAGAUCACCGUUGAG